AUGGAAGAGGUAGACACAGUAGAAACUAAAUACAACGACUCCAUUGCUAUCAAAGACUACUCGACAUCAUUCAACUUAGUGGACAACGAUUCCACGCCCGAUAUACGAAAUUUAAAAUACAAGACAAAUACCGACCAUCUAAACUGUCCCAUUUGCCAACAGCCGUUCAUAACUCCACUAACAACGAUAUGUGGACACACCUUUUGCAAAGAAUGUAUAUUGGAAUUUGUGAAAUCUUUAAGGAAUGGGACCAACAAUAACUCUGCUGGCCAUUGCCCCCUUGAUAGAACCCCUAUUGACCCAGCUAAUACCAAUGACUUAUUCCCCACACCACUAAUUGUGACCAACCUAGUCGAUGACUUGAAAGUGUACUGUUUAAACAGUGAACGUGGAUGUGACUGGUCUGGCAGCCGAUGGGAAAUUGAUCACCAUGUAACGGAACUAUGUCCAUACACAGGAGUAAAAUGUGGUGGCCAAAGAGACAAUAACAAAGAAUGUGAUUUAAUUGUUGAGAGAAGAUUUUUCAAAAAUGUUGAAACAAACGAAUGUAUACACAAGAUAUUCAAGUGCGGGUUUUGCGAAGCAGAGUUGACUAAGAUAAAUGAAGAGGAGCAUCUUGAGCACGAAUGCUUGUACAAUUACAAAACGUGUGAGUUAUGUGGCAAUGAUUCGAUACCAGAAAAAAAUAUGGCGAAACAUCAGGAAAAUUGCUUGAAAAUGGGCAAAGUAAAGUGUCCUGCACAUGAGAUUGGAUGCAAAUGGGUCGGUUCAAAUGAAACCUCUUUGGAAAUACAUCUUCAAAAUGGAAACUGUCAAUUGAAUCAAUUUCUACCCUUUUACACAACAAUGAAUGAAAGAAUGAUUAGUUUGGAGCUGGAAAAUCUGUUUCUACAAAGACAACUACAUAAAAUAUUGGAUUCUAUAAUUCAAGGCAAAGUGACAAACCUAGGGUACAACGAAGGCUUAGAAGAAAUUAACAAAUACUCUGGUGGAGAGGACCAAGAUAAGCUUAUUUAUCUCAACUUUGAACUAGAUCGUCUCAAAUUUGAGAUCAAUGAAAAGCUAAUUCCAUUUAUGAACAGGUCAAAGAUUAAUGAUCAAGAAAAUAUGAUUAAAAAUUUGGUUAAUGACAAUUUCAUGAUGCGAGAAGAUAUGAAUCUACAGAGAAUGAUGAUCAAUAGUUUAAGAAAGCAGUUACAAUUUAUGCUUUUUUCUAGAAAUAGGGGGGUCGGAGUUGGAAACACAAUACCUAGCGCAAUGCACAGUGAUGAUUUCAGUUCCGAUUUAUAUGAACUCGAGUCAAGAAGCAGCUCAGAAGAAAGGUUUAAUCUAAAAUUGUAA